GCAGGAGUCUGUGAACACAACACACCCAGUUGGCAAACAGGGAGACCUAUUUGUUUUGCUGUAUGUAUAUACACUUAGCUACACCAGGUAAGCUGUGGAGUUAGAAAACUGAGACGACAUUAACAGAUGUGACUUCACUGCAAGACUUUUACUCCGAAAAAGGAGUCAUUCUGAACAAGGUUCGCAUGUUUGACAUUUGGAGGCAGUAUUGAUUGGGCGCAGAGAAAAUGGGGCAGAAACCAUCGCAACAGUCGGCUCUGGAGGACAGCAGAGAGGUUCUCCAAGUCUGUGAGGUGGUCAGUGGAGCUAUCGUGCAUGCCGCUGGGAAGCUGCAGGGGUAUCUUGGAUUUGAAGACCCUUUGAGCAAUCUAUGCCCAGCUCCAAGCACUCUGAAUGAGAUCUUCCUAAUUCACUUCGUCACUUUCUGCCGAGAAAAGGGAAUUGACAGGUGGCUCACCACCACCAAGAUGACCAAGCACCAAGCCCUGCUGUUUGGGGCGGACUGGAUUUGGACCUUUUGGGGAUCCGAUAAGCAAAUAAGGUUUCAGUUGGCGGUGCAGACUCUGCAGAUGUCUUCUCUCACUCCCGUGGAAUCCAAGCCUUGUGAGCGCCCCAGUCCGGAGUUCUCGGCAGAGCCGUCUUCUGGGAAGAGCAGAUUUGAUAAGCUGGAAGAGUUCUGUAACUUGAUAGGGGAGGAUUGUCUGGGCCUGUUCAUCAUCUUUGGUGUGCCAGGAAAGCCUAAAGACGUCAGAGGAGUUGUCCUGGACAGUGUCAAAAGUGAAACAGCGAGGGGCCAUCUGCCAGGAGGGAAGGCUGUGGCACGAUUUGUCCUGGAAACUGAAGACUGUGUCUCCAUCAGAGAGCUGCUUGGAAACUGUCUGAGUGUAGCAGGAAGAACAUCCAAAUCUGAAAGGCCACCGAGAAGAAAGGCACUACCUCCUAGGACGGAGAAAAUGGCCGUUGACCAGGACUGGCCUAGCGUUUACCCGGUUGCCGCGCCGUUUAAGCCCUCUGUUGUGCCUCUUCCCGUUCGAAUGGGUUAUCCAGUGAAAAGAGGCGUGCCCAUGGCAAAGGAGGGGAAUCUGGAGCUUCUAAAGAUCCCCAAUUUUCUGCAUUUGACUCCUGUAGCAAUUAAAAAGCACUGUGAAGCUCUUAAAGAUUUCUGCACUGAGUGGCCUGCUGCACUAGACAGUGAUGAAAAAUGUGAGAAGCAUUUUCCCAUUGAAAUCGACACAGCUGAUUAUGUUUCAUCAGGACCAUCUGUUCGAAACCCCAGAGCACGAGCAGUAACCUUAAGGGUUAAACUUUCCAGUUUGAAUUUGGAUGAUCAUGCAAAGAAGAAACUUAUUAAACUUGUAGGAGAGCGGUACUGCAAGACCACGGAUGUGCUUACCAUCAAAACAGAUAGGUGCCCGUUAAAGAGACAGAAUUAUGAUUAUGCAAUGUAUCUGCUAACAGUUUUGUACCACGAGUCUUGGAAAACCGAGGAAUGGGAGAAACAUAAGACUGAAGCAGACAUGGAAGAGUAUGUAUGGACAAAUAGCUCGUCAGAAAAAAAUAUCCUGGAAACACUUCUCCAAAUUAAGGCUGCAGAGAAAAACCUGGAAGUAAAUAAAGAAGAGCUCCUUGGUACCAAAGAGGUUGAAGAUUACAAAAAGUCUGUUGUUAGUCUUAAGAACGAGGGGGACAAUGAAAAUACCCUUUCUCAGUACAAAGAAGCAGUGAAGAGGCUAUUAAAUCUGACGUGAAUUAUGUACAGAAAUAUGCUUGAUUUAUUAAUUUUGUGAUCUAUAUGUAAUUGUUAUCUAGUUUGAUAUAAAAUUAAAAAUGUUUACAGAAACAGUUUUAUUUCAGAGUUAAAAUUUUUUCUUUUAUACUAAUGUGCAAUGGUGAUGAUUAUUCACAAAUUUUCUUUAUAUUCUGGGGCAGUUAGACUAAUUAGAUCUCCAUGAUUGCUUCUGGUUUUAAAGGGUAUUUUAUUUCUACCAUAACAACUUCAGAAUUUAUGUGUGUAUGUGUAUACAUAUAUAAUAUAGUUAGUUUAUUUCCCUACACAUGAGCACUUAUUGGACGCUUCUGAGUUGUGAUUUGGUGGUUUGGGAAGGCAGGCCCAGAACUCUGUGUGGUGUUUUGUUUACCUGAGUGCUAGCUCCCCUGUGUGUUUUGCAGAUUCCAAUUUUGAUUAGCAACAGGUCAUUGGAAGUAGAAAGUUGGUUCCAUUACUCUAUUUUGGGGUCAAACUUUAUGGUGAUUCCAUUGUGUUGAGCACCUUAGUUUCUCUAUUUUCUUGGGCUUGUUUUUCCAAGCCCAAGUUUGCAGAAGUGGAAAUGGAGAUCAACUGGUAUUUAUCUCUUGAUUCCCCCAUUAGAGCUUCCACAGCUGAAGAAAGAGAUGAGGUGUAAAUAAAGACCUUGAGUUUUAAUGGAGUAAAUGACAAAAUGAGAACUGCCCUAAGAAACGUCCCCUUCCAUUUUGCUGUCAAUUCAGUAUAUUUAAGUAUGUCUGUAAGUCAUUUCUUACUACUUCCAAAGUUGUCCACACGGGAUUAAUUUAAAAACAAAACAAAGGAAUUGUUGAGUUUAUUUGCCUAAGACUUACUUUGCCUGACAGAAUUCGAGAACAAAAGGAAAGCCAAAAGGAAUGUCAAAAGAACUGCCCAAAAGAUUUGUGUAAAUCAAAGGUAUGAUUUGGUAUUAGCAAGCCCAAGAGGCGGUAGUUGAAAAAGACAACAAUAGGACUUUGAACAUGAAAGGAGGGAGGUAUGUUGUAUUUCACUGGAUGAAAAUAGUGAAUGAAUAGCAAAGUAAACAAAGCAUUUUUAGGUCAGGGCUAAGGCAUCCAUACGUGUAUUGAAUGAAAUGUUACUGUUUUCAGAAACUCAGAAUUCAGGAAAACUCUGCGGCAGCAACAGGACUGAAGGAGGAAACACCUGGAGGGAACAUGUGAACAGUGGUAAAUCAGGCUCCUGGGCCCUGAAGUGAUAAUACCGUGCAGGCACAAGCAGGGGAGUGUAUAAUAAAGAAUUUGACCUUUCCCAAAGGUCUGGCCUCUUCUUCAGCUUCUGGGAGGCAAUCUGCGUCAUACCUCAUAGAUGUGUCUUUGUUUAGGGCUGAGCCGCUCACAAUGGAUUUCAGGGUGGGGCUGGCCACACCUGAUAAUUUCAGGCAUGCCAGAAAACCAGCCAUGUGAUUUCGGUGGGGGCUUUGAGUCAUCUGGUAAAUCUGAGAUCAACUACCAGGUAAUUAGUCAAUCAUAUCUAUGUAAUGGAGCCUCAAUAAAAACUUUAAACACUGAGGCUCAGGCAAACUCCCCUACUUGGCAAUACUCUGGGUAUGUCGUUAGACACGAACUGGGAGAGUAAUCCGUCCUGCCUCUGGGGGUGGCAGAGUUCACCUGCAGCUAUGCGUUUUGAACCUUCCUGGACUUCAUCUUAGGCGCUUCUUCCCUUGACUGAUUGUAAUGGGUAUACUUUGCCCGUAAUAAACCACAACUGUGAGUGUAACC